ACAACGUUAGCUUUAGUUGAGUUUCCAGCUUAUAUUUUUCUUGCAAGUUAGAAGGAAAACAAAGAGUAACUGUAUGACGUAUUUUUCGUAUCGGUUUAGUUAAUCGGUGUGAUACGUGAUAUGGGUCUCGUUUAACAAAUAUUUUGUUAGAGCAGUCAUACUCGUGAAUUCUUGGAACAAUUAAAGUUUUGUCAUCUUGGGAUCCUAGACGCUGAGAACAGUGUCAGCAUCUUUAUGGCUCUAUGACAGUUCCAGUUCCUCCAAAAUGGUCGUAGAGUGUACUUCGAAGAUUGUUUACCAGUUGCUUUUGUCGAGUGUUAUUUUGUAUAAUGUCGUCUUUUGCGAGCUAUAUACGAGAUACCCACUGGAGAGUGAGAAGAUUUGUCAUCCUCUGGCACGAAAAGGCAAGAUUGUUGCGCCCACCAGUACAUUCAACUUAAAUCAUUCGAAGACUGCAAUUAUUGUUAAGCCUGGGCACAUGUUCGAUAGCUGGAUUGUCACUGCUGAUAAAUAUUGUAAAUUUACUGUUGAAACGCGUAAAGGAGUACAACUCUUUGCUGUUAUACAGAAAAUGUCUUUCCGACGAAAUGGGACCAAAUGUUUAGAUUACUUAAAAUUUAAGAGACGGGAUGGUUAUGAAUCUGAAGAAUUUUGUGGCCAAUUUGAUUGGAGAAGCGCGAGGUCUUUCACUUCUCCUGAAACAGAAAGUUCUGAAGAAAAUGAAGAUAGUGGGUCUUAUGCUAUAUUUGAUGUCAAAGGAAAAAUACAGACUAAGAUAUUUAUUUCUAAGGAACCUCUACAGAAAGACGAGACAUUGGAUCUAAGUAUUGUAUACACUCCUUAUACAGACUGUGAAAAAGUUGAUUCAGAAGAAUUUUUGCCUGUACGUGAAAGAACGUGUAUUUGGAAAGAUUUCUUUUGUGAUGGUUAUCUCAACUGUGCUUUUGAUAAUUGUGUUGCUGAAGAAAGUGAAUGUCCUGGUAUAAUUGUAAGCAAUGGUACUGGAACAAAAGUGACUGUUGGUGCAGUGACCACUAUAUUUUUAUGCUUCCUCAUAUUCGUUGUAUGCUUGUGGAUAUGUAGAAGGCAUAAGAAAUUAUGUUGGUCACCAGACUGUGCAGGACCAAUUACUGGAAAUGACAAUACCCCACAAUUAGAACGACAAAUGAAUAGAACAGUUGAUAGUCCAGUACCCUCAGCACCGAUGUUGGAAGUAGUGGUACCAGCACCUGUUCUAGACAAGGAUUUGCCGCCUAGUUACGAUUCUCUGUUCCCUAAUCAACUGAAUUCCACAACCACGCAAUAACAAGUAAUCUCCCAUCGGUAAGUUAUCUAAUGUUUUAAUUAGAUAAAAUCGUACAAUUUGCUUUUGCGAAUAAUGGUUUCAUCGCUCUAACGAGCCAGUUCAAUAGUUCCCAUUUGCAUUCCAAUAUCUGUUGAUUAAAGUAAGAUAUGUCCAUAUAAGAAUCUUGUAAACACUGACUAACGGUACUUAACUUUUUAAUGUUUUGAUACCAAUUACUUAUCAAAAAGUAACCCUCUAAUCAUUGUAAGAAAAAAAAUCUCAUUAUUUUGUUUUUUGUGAAUUUUAUCAUGCAAUGAAGCUUAAAGUUUUGUUGAUAGUCCAAAGACACAUAAGAAGAAUGAAGAGGUGUUUGAAAGUUAAGGAGAAUUUCUAUAAUCUGCUUCAACUACUUAUAUUGGACAAUAACUUUUGAAUAGAAAUAAAGUUCAGAACAACUGCUUUGACUUUACUGUCGAUUUAAUAUUAUAGUAGAUUUAAAUUGGUGAAUAAGACUGCUGUGAAUUGUUCUUAUUGCGUAUGAAGAAACCUAACUUUUUUUCCGGAAGUAAAGUAGUUUAUUCGAAAAAAUGUAUAAAGCAGUGACCUCAAUACCUUGGUAACUGAUUCUCCGACUACACAUGUAUCUCUUAGAUCUAUAUACAUAUGUAUAACGUAGGAUAAGACUAUAAAUGAAAAGACCAUGAACGGGAUACUCCUUUGUAUUGAGAAAAUAUGUCAGAAUUAAUGAAAACGUAUAAAACAUAUUCUAUUUACAUGUGCCUGCCAUUAAUAAUAUGAUAUUUUCGACUCGCAUAUCCAUAUUGACUUUAUAAAUAUCGCUAAUUAUAAUAUCACAUAGAUAGAUGUAUAUUUUGGAGUUGCUACAGCAACGUAUAUAAUAUAAAACAUAAAACCACUCUGAUACAGAUGAAUUAAUGUUCUGUAAAUAUUGAAUUUGUAAUAAAAUGAAAAUUAAAUACAUAACGA